UGUUUACAAAUAUAAACAUUCGAAUUUUUAUACAUAUUGCUUAUUGAAAAUAAGUUAAAUAAUUUGCUAAAUAAACAAAUAUUUAUUAACGAUCAACGUUCACUAUUAUUAAUAUACGCUUCAAUCGUGUUUUCAUUACAAUUUAUUAUAAAUAAUUUGUACAAAACGGGUAAACAUUCUUCAAAGGAUUAGAACUCUAGCAGAAUGUCCAAAUCGUCGAAACAUUCGAAGAAAUCUAGCACUGCUGAUGAGGAAACUAAUUUAAUUAAUUUCUCAUUUUGCGACCACAAAUCCUCCUUCAGACAUUUGCUGCAAGGCGACGAUAAACACGCUGCUCCUAUUGUAGAGGAUGAGACCGAUUUUUGGAAAUUUGUAAAUAAAUAUGAAAGUAUGUUGCGCAGUGCGGGACAACCAAUACUCGGAAAACCCUUAUCAGAUAACGAAUUGAAUAAGUCUGAACCAUUUCACAAACUCAAAUACAUAUCACUGCAAUUGGAACGUGGUAGUGACUCCGAACAACUUCGCCGUGGAUGUCACAAUACUGAUGAACGCAUAUUUACGAAACUAAAAGCUCGACAAUUUAGAGAAAUUGUGCACAUCUAUCUCGAUUUUAAGCAAAAGGAAAGAUUUGCAAAAAUCAAAAAAUUACGCAAAUCCCAGAAAUCAUUACCAAUCGCAAAUUUCAAACAAAAAAUACGGGAGGAGCUCGAAAAAACUCGUGUACUGAUUAUAGCUGGCGACACUGGUUGUGGCAAGUCCACGCAAGUACCACAGUAUUUAUAUGAAUUUGGUUAUCGUAGCAUAGCAUGUACACAACCGCGCCGCUUGGCUUGUGUUUCACUGUCCAAAAGGGUUGCACACGAAAUGCUUGACGAUUAUGGCACCAAAGUUGGUUUUCAAAUACGAUUUGAGAAAAAUAAAACAAAAAAUACGAAUAUACUGUUCAUCACCGAAGGUCUACUAUUAAGACAAUUGGCAGUGGAUGUGAAUUUGGAGCAAUAUGAUGUGCUCAUAUUGGACGAGAUACAUGAACGUAAUCUCUUCGGUGAUUUCUUGUUGGGCGUCACUAAAUGUUUGCUGCACGCCAAACCAGAUUUAAAGCUAAUACUUAUGUCAGCCACCAUAAAUGUGGAAUUAUUUCAUAAUUACUUUCAAAAUGAGGGUGCUGCACUCAUAGAGGUGCCCGGCAGAUUAUAUCCGAUUAAAAUGAUGUUUAUGCCACCACCAAGUCUGGAACUGAAAGGUGGCGCAGGUGGUAGCAAAACUGCCAAAAGCACCAAUCGCUUGGAUCCAGCGCCGUACAUACAAGUUUUGAGUUUGAUUGAUCAAAAAUAUCCAACAACUGAACGCGGUGAUGUGCUAAUCUUUGUUAGUGGCGUAAACGAAAUCACAACUGUCUGCGAUGCAGCCAAGGAAUAUGCUGAACAAAACUCACAUUGGAUUAUUUUACCGCUGCACAGCGGGUUGGCGCUAGCCGAUCAAGACAAAGUGUUCGACUACGCACCAGAAGGCAUGCGCAAAUGCAUUGUCUCCACAAACAUUGCAGAAACGUCACUCACCGUCGAUGGAGUGCGCUUCGUUAUCGAUUCUGGCAAGGUGAAGGAAAUGAGUUAUGAUGCCACGUGCAAAGGUCAACGCUUAAAAGAGUUUUGGGUUUCAAAAUCCUCAGCAGAGCAGCGUAAGGGACGUGCUGGACGUACAGGACCAGGCACAUGCUUUCGCCUCUUCUCAGAGAAACAGUAUGCCACUUUCGAAGCUUACCCCACACCAGAAAUAUUCCGUGUGCCUUUGGAAACAAUACUCCUACAAAUGAUCGCAAUGGGCUUACCAAAUGUGCGUUCAUUCCCAUUUAUUGAAUCGCCCGAAGAAGAAUGCAUUGAGCAGGCCAUUUGGUCUCUGAAGCAACAUAAUGCGCUUGCAGUGGACGAAAAGAUCACACCGCUCGGCAAGUCACUCUCCAAUUUACCGGUAGAGAUCACAAUCGGCAAAAUGCUGCUUAUGGGUUGUGUUUUCCCUGAUGUUGAGAAGAUUUUAACGCUUGCAGCCACAAUGAGUGUACAGAAUCCCUUUACAAAUCGCGCCUAUACGGAUCGCAAGUGUGAGCAAGAACGUGAGCCCCUGCAGUCCGAUCAAGGUGAUGUGUUCACUUUGUUGCGCUCCUAUCACGAGUGGUUACAAUUGAAAUGGCAUAAUGAGAAUACGCGAAAAUGGUGUCAUAAACUUGGCAUUGAGGAGCAACGCUUCUACGAGAUCACCAAAUUGCGCAAUCAAUUCCAAAAUAUACUCGAAAGUUGUAACAUGACCUGCAAAAAUGCGGACAGCGCGCCACUGACCAGCUCGGAGCGUGCGCGGCGACACGGCGAAGUGCGCCAGCUGAAGGCGAUCAAACGCCAACAAAAAUACCAAGAGCCGCGCAAACGCAAAAUACUCAAACACAGCAGUUAUGGUGGCGGCGACGAUGAGUACGACGACACGUCGGCUGGCGAUGACAUACGUGACGUGGACUUUCGCCUGCAACACGACGCCGCCAAAUUGGAGGUGCUCUUGAACUCCGCCAAAAGCGACAAACUGCGCGAUGUGCUGCUACUCAAGCUAAUCAUAGUCAGCGGCUUCUAUCCGCAAAUUGCGAUCGCCGAUGAGUUCAACUACUGCAAGAGUGGCAGUCAGCAAUUCUUUCACACAUUUCUCAAGCCCUUCAUAUCCAUACAUCCGAACGCGUAUUUCGCCAAAUAUUUCGAUGUGCUCAAGCUAAAUGACAGCGAUAUACUGGAUAAGCCGAACUACUACACGCCGAAGCAGUUGCUCAGUACACGGCAUCAAGUGUUGUGCUAUCAGAAUUUGCUGGAGACCGCGAAACCCUAUCUGAUGAACUGCAUACGCAUGCCCGCGGCGCAGACAUUACUGUUAUUCUCCUACUCGGUGGACACAAACGCAUCCGUCACGCGCAUAGUGUGUGAUUCGUGGUUGUGCCUUGAGUUUCCCGUGCCGGAGACGGGGUGUGAGCUGCUCUGCCGCGCCAUUAAGUUGCGCCGUCUGUGGGCCAAGCUGUUGUCACAGAAACUGACUGAUUUGGUCAACAAUGUGGAGAGUCAAAGCGCCAAAAAGCAGCAGCGCGCUAAAGACGAAGAAUCCGAACUCUGGGAGUCACUCAUCGAUUUCAUUAGCGCCAAUGUGAGCUAUACGAUCAAACGUUUGCUGCCCGCCGAUUUGAAAUCGCUCUACACGCACGAGAAACUUAGCAAUUUCGAGGCAUUCAACGUCAAUCCGUUUGCUGCCGACUUUCCCAUAAGCCAUAACGAAGAGAAGGGCGGCAUAAAUGUUUUGGAAAAUGUGGUUUAUGGCUGUCUCCAAGAAGUGCAGUGGACGCUGGCAAUGGAGGCGGAAAUGCGCCAACACACUUGGGUUUGCAAGACAUGCGAAGCAGAAUUGGAAUUGGAUACCAUUGAGAAGUUGCUGCACAAAACAACUUGUUGUGCACCGAGUACAUCUAUAACAACAAAAAGCGAACAACACGUUUCACCAACACGGCCUAGCACAUCGGGUUCAGGUGGCAAAGGUGGCGCAUACAUCUGCGAGUUUUGUCAAAAGGAGUUGCGCAAUUUGAGUAAAAUUGAUAUUUUAAAACACAAAAAAUAUUGUAACAAAUAACAAAAUUAAUAAAUAAAAAUAAAAAAAAAAAUU